AUGUUCUACUUUUCAACCCUCGCAAAUGAGACCCCGCUCGUCGUCUCGCCUCAGGGUUGCGAAAUGUCGUGGAUGUCGCCGCAUUAUGUCCUCCAAACCGACUUUGACAAGUCCUGGACGCCAUUCGCGAAGAGAUAUAGUCUUUGGCUCUACCGCGAGGUCGGCAUUGACAACAUGAAGGAACGAAACGGAGAACCUGUUCUAUUCAUCCCUGGGAAUGCAGGGUCCUCAAGACAAGUGCGCUCCAUUGCCUCAUCCGCUGCUCGUCAGUUCUACGAAAACAGGCGCGGGAGAUUCGACAAGCCACUCGACGUUUAUGCCGUCGAGUUCAAUGAGGACUUUUCCGCAAUCCAUCCCCCAACUCUCCUCACUCAAGCACGAUACUCGACUCAAGCCGUCCAUUACAUUCUCUCGCUCUACCCGAAAGGAACACGGAUCACCAUAAUAGGUCAUUCUAUGGGAGGGACCGUUGCUCAGAUACUUCUCAAAGACCUGAGCGAUGAGGUCCUUCGUGCAGUCAUUACUAUGUCUACUCCAAGUCAACUUGCACCAGUUCGCUUCGACAGGCGAUCAGAAGGCGUAUAUAAAUCGAUUCGAGACGCUCAACUUGGGAAUAUCAACUCGACAACACCUUUGAUAUCCAUCUGCGGAGGUGCAACCGAUUCUCAGAUUACAUCCGAGCUAUGUGCAAUUCCUGAACGCACCUCUCCUCAUCGUAGAACGAUCAUGACGAGCUCCCUUCAUGGGGCUUGGACCGGGGUAGGUCACAGGGAGAUGGUCUGGUGCCAUCAAGUACGCAUGAUGACCGCCCGUCUAGCACUCGACAUUACACAGCCCUCAUUCGAUAUGAAAAAUAUUCACCGACUCAUGCGUUCGACUUCCGUUCAGACCUCUCCACCCAAAGAAUUGGUCAAUAUCACUGGUGUCCCGCUUCACUUCAAGAGAACUAGCUCCAAGCUCGAAAUCGGCAGCCCGAUGGCUGGGGUUCAUUUCCUUCCGUUACCGACUGAAAAGGCUGUGCGCCUGACAGUAUUCUCGCACGGGAUCGAACUACAGAAUCUCGCUAGGGAAAACGGACAACUCCUAACUCGUGGAGGGAUUUUGCGAGUUCUCUUCUGCACUCGACCUCCCCCUGGUGUUCUCGAACCGGGAUGUGUAGAAAUUGAAGGACGAGCCUCGUUAUUGCCGCGACCAAAUUGGCCGGGAGCCUUCCCGUCAGAGAAAGGGGUGCUGGACAAUGACCAUGUAUCUCUUUUCGAGGCAGAUAUUCAGCUGACAAGCUAUUCGACUGACUCGCAUGUCGGUCUCUUCUUCGAACGCUCUACUUCGACUGGUUGGGUGGUCGCGGCUGUGGAACCUGUAUUGAAUGCAACAUCCUCUGCGACAUUACUUGGCGAGUAA